CUCUCACCAUGCGGAUCCACUGCAAAGUAGUUGUGAUCGCCGUGUGUUUCGGAGUUUUCCUACUUUUGUACUUUUUGGGGGGCAACGCCGCGGACGAUCCGCUGUUGAAAGAAGUUGUAGAGCAGGAGGACAGCAACUCUUCCCGGCCGCCCUCUGUGCCCAGACGCGAUGUUGCAGCAAAGUUUGCGAAGAAAUCAUCCGCUGGAUCCGGCGGGCGUGCGGGAGAGACCCUCAAGGGACGGAAAGAGGGGAAAGCGAUCAAUAGAAGAGCCAGCGUGAAUGCAAAGAGCAAACCCAAGAAUAACGUGGCGCGACCUGUGACCAGGCGCAAAAGGACAGAGGUGAUCAUGCACCUGGCUGUGGUGGCCUGUGGGAAUCGUCUGGACGAGACCCUCACCAUGGUCAAAUCAGCCCUCCUGUUCAGCAUCAAGAGGAUUAAGUUUCACAUUUUUGCUGAGGACCCUUUGGCUCCGCAGUUUGAAGAAAGGCUGAGCCAGUGGCCCCGCUCCAUCUCAGCCAAGUUCCUGUACAGUAUCUACCCCAUCACCUUCUCCGUGGGGAACGCUGACGAGUGGAAGAAGCUCUUCAAGCCCUGUGCUGCUCAGAGACUCUUCCUCCCUGUCAUCCUGAAAGACGUGGACUCCUUACUCUACGUAGACACUGAUGUGCUGUUCCUGCGGCCUAUGGAUGAUAUCUGGAGUCUCCUGAAGUCCUUUAACAGCACUCAGCUGGCAGCGAUGGCCCCAGAGCACGAGGUUCCAAAGAUUGGCUGGUACAGCCGCUUUGCACGCCACCCUUUCUACGGAGUCACAGGGGUCAACUCUGGCGUCAUGCUGAUGAAUCUCACAAGGAUCCGCAGCACAAUGUUUAAAAACAGUAUGAUCCCCAGUGGCCUGUCCUGGGAGGAUCUUCUACAUCCACUCUAUCAGAAGUACAAGAACCACAUCACCUGGGGAGACCAGGACCUGCUCAACAUUAUCUUCCACUACAACCCAGAAUGUCUUUACAUCUUCCCCUGCCAGUGGAACUACAGGCCAGAUCACUGCAUGUACGGGAGUAACUGCAAAGGGGCUGAAGAUGAGGGCGUGUCCAUCCUCCAUGGCAACCGUGGAGUAUAUCAUGAUGACAAGCAGCCAGCGUUCAAAGUAGUCUAUGAUGCAGUACAUGAUUUUCCCUUUGAGGACAACAUGUUCCAGUCGCUGUUCUACCCCAUCCAGACCAAGUUCCUGGACACAGUCAACACCCUGUGUGGCCGGGUUCCUCAGGUCUUCCUCAAGCAGAUAGAAAAGACCAUGAGGAAGGCGUUUGAGGAUAAAGUGGUCCGACACGUCAAGCCGCACAAAUAACUAAUGGAGAAAUGGACUCCAACUUUUAACUGGCAAACACCAAGGACCAUCCUGUUGUGGAUUACGUGUCACACCAGCAUCGCCCAGACUGAACUAUUGGCUCUGUGUUUGCAGUGUAUCCAACACACAACUCUUCCUGGAAUGGUCUUAUGAACAUAAUGAUCCUCUAAAGAUGGUAUGGAUAAUGAGCCUAUGUAGAGAAGCAUACAGUGCUGGUCAGUGAUGCCGUAGAGUAGGUUUGCCUUAUUGCCAUCUUAAACUUUCCACAUCCCAGUUAUGUACGGUGAUGAAAUGUAUGACAACGUUGGAAAGCUACAGUGGGAAAAAAACUGCACAAAAUCUUUUUUAAAUCAAGAAUUAUGAAAGUAUGAGCUCUUCAUCUUAAGUGUGGGCUAAAAGUUAAAUUAAGGCAUAUUUGUGUCAAUCAAGCAUUUAACGAAAGAAUCAACCUUCUUUAUUUUUCCUCUCAAACAUGGUUAACACUAAAAGUAAACUUUGGACUUUGGAAAGCUUUACUACUUUGAGUAGUAGAUUCAUAGACCACUCCUUUAAAAUCAUGUGAAUGUUUUACCAGCAAAUAACUUGAAAUGUGAGCCUGUGUGAAUGAAAAGAGUUGCGAGUUCUUGGCCAAAUGCCACUGACAGUAUUAGAUACAGCACAACAGAGGAAAUGUGGACUUUCAGUGUUAAAAAGCGAAUGUUAAAAUGCACUUUCAGAAUAAUAUUAGGACAGGAUGUUUGUUUGUACGCAACACGUCCACAUUAGAUGCUACACUGUCCAAGUGGAUCCAAACCAAAAGUGCUAGCGUUUAAAAAUAAUGACAUACUACAGCUGAUUAUGUGCCAUUUAUAAAUAGUCAUGUUUACUAUUACAAGAAAAUGAGUGGUGGUGUGUGUGUGUUUGAGAGGAUAUCUUAGUUUGUAAUAUGAUGUAUGGUCUGUUGGGUCACAUGUUUUAGCAGCAUUACGUUCAAUGUGGUGUAAUGAUCUAAAUAUAUCAUUCAAACUGGAAACAGAACAUGGCUAUACAGUCAACACAUGUUUCUAAAUAAAUCAAUGCA